CCCUCCCGAUCCUAUAUAUGGUGGGGCCGGGCCGGGCGGGGGCGGUGCCCGGGUUCGAGUCCCGCGUCGGCCCGCACCGCUCCGCUCCCGCCCGCUUGGCCGGGCCCCGCUGGCCGCGGAGAUGGGCGACAUGGAGUCCUACAAGGUGAUGCUGAAUGGGCCGGCACCCUGGGGCUUCAGGCUGCAGGGAGGGAAGGAUUUCAGCAUGCCGCUCUCCAUCUCCAGGCUGACUCUGGGUGGGAAGGCAGCCCAGGCCGGCGUGGGAGUGGGCGACUGGGUGCUGUACAUCGACGGGGAGAGCACCAGUGCCAUGACACACAUCGAGGCCCAGAACAGGAUCCGUGCCUGUGGGGACAGGCUCUGCCUCACCUUGAGCAGAGCCCAGAACCAGCUGGGGAAGCCGCAGAAGGACUCACUCCCCUGCUCUGAACCCCUGAAAUAUAACUUCGCUCCCAGCACCGCCCUCAACAAAACAGCUCGGCCCUUCGGGGCCGGCUCACCUCCGAACCCACGGCCCGGGCUGGUGACGAAACCCGUGACCUACGCGCCCCUGGCGCCCGCCUGCACCCCCCAGCACAACGGGCAGCCCCCACAGCUGCUGGAGCCCCCCAGCACCCCUGUGUGUGACCCAGUGAAGCUGCGGAUGUUAGAGGACAUUGACGACUCAAAGCCCCCCAGCUGGACCUCCCAGUCCCGUUCCUUCCGCAAACUGUCCCGCCUGGUGGGCGCAGACGCCAUGGAGGAUGGUGAGGACGAGCUUGUUAAAAAGCCCAGGGAUGCCCAUGGGUCCAGCUGGGGCACGGUGGAGCAGUGGGAGCCCCCGCAGCCUCUGGAGCCCCCCAGCACGCCUGGGUGUGAUCCUGGGAAGUUGAGGAUGUUAGAGGAUGCUGAGGACUGGCAGCCCCGCACCGGGACCUCGCAGUCCCGCUCCUUCCGCAAGCUGGCCCAGCUGACGGGCACAGAUGAGAGGAUGCCCAUGGGUCCAACUGGGGCACAGGGCAACAUCGGUGAGUGCCAGGGUCUGGCAGAGGUGUUGGCAUGUGCCAGGGCAUCUUUGGGGAUGCUUCCCUGUUCCAGAGCAGGGUCCAAUCCUGGUGCUGAGCUCCUGCCCUCUGUCACUCACAGGCAGCCCCCACAGCCUCUGGAGCCCCCCAGUGACACUGUGUGUGACCCAGUGAAGCUGAGGAUGUUAGAGGACAUUGUCGACACAAAGCCCCACACCUGGACCUCCCAGUCCCGUUCCUUUCGCAAGCUGGCCCGGAUGAUGGGCGCAAGCAGCAUGGAUGAUGGUGAGGAUGAGCCCGUUAAAAAGCCCAGGGAUUCCCACGGGUCCUGCUGGGGCAUAGUGGAGCAGCGGGAGCCUCUGGAGCCCCCCAGCACCCCCGGGUAUGACCCUGGGAAGCUGCGACUGAUGGAGGACGCUGAGGGCUGGCAGCCCCGCACCGGGACCUCGCAGUCCCGCUCCUUCCGCAGACUGGCCCAGCUGACGGGCACAGAUGAGAUGGAGGAUCAUGAUGAUGUGUUUGUUAGGAAGCCCAGCCAGGUCUCUGUGCCGGACCCAUCCCCAGGAGCAACGAUGAAGACUGAGCCAGGACUGGCCCCCAGGACCCCCAGUGCCACCCCCAGCCCCACCAGCCGCCCACCCUGGGCUGUGGACCCCUCGUUUGCCGAGCGCUACGCCCCGGACAAGACGAGCACGGUGGUGAGCAAGCACAGCCAGCCGGCCACGCCGACCCCCAUGCAGAACCGCAGCUCCAUCGUGCAGGCAGCCCAGCAAGCCCCCGAGGGGCCCGGCCGCACCCCGCUCUGCUACAAGUGCAACAAGGUCAUCAGGGGACGGUACCUCGUGGCGCUGGGACAUUAUUACCACCCCGAGGAGUUCCUCUGCUGCCAGUGCAGGAAGGUGCUGGAUGAGGGCGGCUUCUUUGAGGAGAAAGGCUCCAUCUUCUGCCCCAAGUGCUACGACACACGCUAUGCACCCAGCUGCGCCAAGUGCAAGAAGAAGAUCACUGGGGAGGUGAUGCAUGCACUGAAGAUGACCUGGCACGUGCAGUGCUUCACCUGCAACGCCUGCAAAACUCCCAUCCGCAACCGAGCCUUCUACAUGGAGGAGGGACAGCCCUACUGCGAGAGAGACUAUGAGAAGAUGUUUGGCACCAAGUGCCGCGGCUGUGACUUCAAGAUCGAUGCUGGGGACCGGUUCCUGGAGGCGCUGGGGUUCAGCUGGCACGACACUUGCUUUGUCUGUGCGAUCUGCCAGACCAACCUGGAAGGGAAGACGUUCUACUCCAAGAAGGACAAGCCGCUGUGCAAGAGCCACGCUUUCUCCCAUGUGUGAGGGGUGUGAAUUCAGCUGUGCCCACACAUGCCCCUGGCCCUGCAUGCUCCUCUCCCCCUGCCCUGCUGGCCCCAGGGAGCCAGGCUGGGCCCUUGGCCCUUUCCCUUGCUCCUGCCUCUUUCCUGGCAGCUCCUGGCUCAACUCCAGCCAGAUACAGUGCUGGGUCCAGAACCUUUUAUAGCUGGGUGGCUUCUUACAUGCUUCUCAACUGGCCCUAGGAGCCCUGGGAAUGGGAUGCUGCAUGGAUCUCCUGCCCCUGAGGCAUGCAGCAUGGUGGGUACAGCCAUGCUGAGGCUGGAAUUGGAGAGGGUCUGCCACAGCUGGGCUGCUCCCUUGCUGCCUGGCAGCUCAGUGCUGGGGCAGGGAUACUCCUUACACAUCCCUCCCUGAAUGGGUGAGGACCAGCUUCUGUCUCACUCUCCCCAGCCUUCCCUGCUGUGUGCUUGGGGCUGGAGACCCAGCCCUGGGGCCCUGCCCAUGACAACCCACCAGCCCCCCCUCAAACUGCUGCGGUGCCUUCCUGCCCCGCUUGCAUUCCAGGGGUGUCUGUCCCUCCUGCCCCCCACCCUGCUGGCCCACUUCUCCCCUGGGGCUGGCAUCACCCCCAGCCCAGCGUGGCCCAGCUGAGCGCUGGCAGCGUGUGCUGAUGCCAGCCCAGCCAGGCGGCUGCUCCUGUGAGGCUUGGGCACAGCUUCCUACCAAAGAGCUCUCUGCCACUGCCAUCCUGGGGCCACCGAUGCCUCCCCCCAAACCACACCCUCCGGUCGGGCUGCACUGAUGCAGCCACGGUGCUUUUAGUGCCUUUAAUAAACACGUCUCUGCAAGUG